AUGGCCGACGAGAACUACGAGGACGAUAUUUUUGACGAUCUUUAUGACGAUGAGCCCAGGUCGCAGCAAGCCCCAGCGGCAUCUGCACUUGCCCCCAAGGCCGAGCCAGAGCCAGCACCAACCGAAUCUGCGAGCGCGCCGCCUCAGGAUGCUACCCAGAAUCACAGCCAAAAUGCUGAAGCAUCUUGGCCAGCCCAAAAUGCGGCGGGCGAGGACACACAGAUGGGCCAAUCUGGUUUCAAUGCUGGAGGUGAACAGUCCUUUGAUAACGCACCUGCGGAAGAUGACAACUAUGGACCUAUAAACGUAAAAGAAGACGGGUAA